AGUUCUUCGAAGCGCCCAGGUGUUAGGUUGUCGGGUUCGGAGCCAUGGUGCAUCCUUUAGUCACCGGGGUCGCAACGGGCAUUGGCCUGCUCACCGACAAGUACAUGCUGGGAGCGACGAACUUCGUGGAGCACUACGCGGAAGACUUUCACGCCACGGAUGCCCAGAAGGAUUUUGUGAAGUCGGCGAUGUAUGGCGGAGCCAUUCUGGGGAUGAUCGUCAUGGGACCGCUGUCUGACAUCAUUGGUCGAAGAGCGGGUCUCAUUCUUUGCUCCAUCAUCACCUUGCUGGGUGCUUUGUUGAGCACCUUCGCCUGGGGCGAGAACGUCCUGAUCGCAGCGCGCAUUGUCACCGGAAUUGGCAUGGGCGGCGAAUACCCGUUGGCCUCUUCACACAGCGCUGAGUCCUCCGAGACCUCCGACGGAGCGCGGAACGUCGCGCUGCUGUACCUGUUUGGAUCGGGUGGAGGCCAGGCCUUGUGCCCCUUGGUGACUUACAUCAUGGAUGUCAGUGGCGUGCCUCCGAAUCUACUUUGGCGGUGGAUCUUUGGCAUUGGCAGUAUCCUGUCAGCCUUUGGGCUGGUUUUACGAUGGUUGACCACCAAGGACAGUGAGAAGUUUGUGGCGAGCAAGAAGGCAGAGGCUGAACACAAGGAGAACACCCUCUCACUGCUCAAGCCCUACUGGCGGCCUUUGUUGGGAACCGCAGGUUCUUGGUGCCUCUAUGACAUCGUGGAGUACGGUCUGAAGCAAAACGACGCAGCCAUUUUUGACGCGGGGUCUGAUGCUCCCUACAGCCAAAGCGUUUUGGAUGUCUUCCUAACGCGUUUGUUGGUGAUCCCAUCAUUGAUUGCGGCACCUUGGCUCUUGACGAGGAUUUCCAGCAAGCGCGUGCAGAUCAUCGGCUUUGUGGGCUGCGCGCUGUGCAAUCUGGUCUUGGCCACGGCCUAUGGACCUUUGAAAGAGAUAACUGCCCUUUUCUUUACCCUGUACAUUGUGCAGCUGUCCUUCCAAAGCCUUCCAGGUGUGACCACCAUGGCCAUCUCCGCUGAAAUCUACCCGUCGAUGGUGCGGGGCACUGGCGCUGGGAUCAGUGCGGCCUGUGGCAAAUUGGGCGCCACGAUCGGGUCCUACUUCUUUACCGAGCUGAAGAAUCAGGAGCUCAUUGCCACCAUUUUUUUGGAUGGUAGUUGCUACUUCAGUGCUGGCGAUGCUCCUCACACUGGUGGCCAUCCCAUUCUACAACGGACACACCCUGGAUGCCGCGGACAUGCUUGCGAGAAACUUGGCCUGCUUGCGACGCCACGCCUCGUUGGCCGUUGCAGGGUUGGUUUCCGCUUCGUCAUGGGGAAUCAGAACAAGUCAACAAAUCACCGUUCCCGAUACCAAUUGCAAAAGAAAGACAGUCAUGGCCCAGUUUGGAGGAAUGAUUGAGCUGUGACUGACGGACCAGAGCCGUUCAUAAAGGAUUAGUCUCCACGUGCGCUUCCGUUGUUCUUUUUGCUCGGACAGCCAAGUAGCGCCACUAUUUUGGAUUGGAAUGGGCGGGUCAUCGCACCCCAAGAGAUGACAAUUUAUUGCAUCUGAUGGCCAGUCGCCCCUGCUCUUGCGCCAGCCCAUAGGCAAGUAGUAGCCAUCAUUUUGCUGGUUGGUCUUCGACUUCUCGGAGCGUCUCAUGAAAGAGUGCCAGGAGACGGCAAGCCAGAUCAGGCUGUGAAAGUUCUGUUCUCCGGGCCACUGAAUCACGACGGGUCGAAGGCUGGAGGCUACUACUCCGAUGACUUGGAGACAGAGGAUGAGAGCGAUGCAUGAGGGGAGGCGCUCCUUUUUCCGCUGCGGAACGCUCGUGGCUCGUGCCGAUGUUGAAGCAGCCAGCCUUCCCAGAACUCCAACGGCUCCUGUACAUCCAACACAAACAUCAAAGACACACUACAUAUAGUUACUAGUUGGUGGAGUGUG